AUGUCUGUACACCCGCUCCUCUCUCUCCCCUCUCCAGGGUACGGAGCCGCAGCGCCCAAGACUCAGGCCGGUAAAAUCUUCUGCGUCCUAUACGGCCUCAUCGGAUGCUCAUCCGGAAUCCUCUUCUUCAACCUCUUCCUCGAGCGGAUCAUCACCCUUCUGGCCUACAUCAUGAGGGCGCGCCACGAGCGCAAGGAGCGCAAGAAGGCGGAGGCUGCGGCCAAGAAGGGGUUGGUAACGAGCCAACGACGCGCGUCGACGAACUCCAUCGACGACGAGUCGGACCUGGACGCUUGGAAGCCGUCGGUGUACUGGGUCAUGUUCUACCUCACCGUCUCCUCCAUCGUGGUGGCCUUCCUCGGCGCCGUCAUGUUCAUGGAGAUCGAGGAGUGGAACUACAUUGACUCCCUGUACUUCUGCUUCGUGUCCUUCGCUACUAUCGGCUUCGGCGACAUGGUCUCCGCACAGGAACCGAACGCGUUCUACGGGAGCGGGCUGUACGCCUACCGCUUCUUUAACUUCGUCGUGUUGGUGGUGGGAUGCUGCUGCAUCUACUCUCUCUUCAACGUUAUCUCCAUCAUUGUCAAGCAGUUCCUUAACUUUAUUAUCAAGAAAACUGCGGCGUGUUACGACGGGGAAGACGGGAUGCCCACACCUCGCAGGAACGUCAUCUCCCCGUCGGCCGGACAGAAGCAGCCCAUCAAGCGUCUGGACAAAGACAUGGUCGCUGUCUACCGGUCAGAAGGCGAGAGGAAGUUGUCCGGGGAGAUGGUCUCCAUGCGGGAGUACAUCUCCACCAACAAGAUUCCGAAGAAAUCCGUGAAGACCGCUGAAGAGGUGUCCCUCGCAGUGAUGCAGAAACAGCUCUACGAGACAGCACAGAUGGGCCGUGGGCAAAGCUCCUUGCCACAUCAACGCUCCGGCCAAGAGGAAGCAUUCACGCCAGGACAAGUGGGGCCUCUAGCAAUCGCUUCGUCAAGGCUGUCCGAGAGUCUCUCCUAGCCGAGCCUCACGCCAUCCACAACAGCCUGCCUGAUCCGUCGUCGUAGCUGAUGCGUCCAUGCCUGCCAGUCUAGCUUGUACAGACGCCUGUUUAUCUGGCCAGCAUGUUUCUCUGUCGUCAUUCCAAAUGUCUCUUUUUUCCAGCUAAUUAAUUUUGUAUUCUAUGUAUUCCACCCUUCACUUUCCCUGUUGUGUCUGCCGACUACUUCAGACUCACACACACACACACACACACACACACACACACACACACACACACACACACACACACACACACACACACACACACACACACACACACACUCACACACUCACUCACU